AUGGGCGACAAGGCGGGUACGAGGGUGUUCAAGAAGUCCAGUCCAAACUGUAAGGUGACGGUCUACCUGGGCAAGAGGGACUUUGUGGACCACCUGGACCACGUGGAUCCAGUAGACGGUGUCAUCCUGGUGGAUCCCGAGUACCUGAAGGACAGGAAAGUCUUCGUCACGCUGACGUGCGCCUUCCGCUACGGCCGCGAGGACUUGGACGUGUUGGGUCUGUCCUUCCGCAAGGACUUGUACAUCUCCACCUUCCAGGCCUUCCCGCCCGUCCCCGAGGAGCGCAAAGCCAACAGUCGACUGCAGGAGCGGCUUCUCAAGAAGUUGGGGCAGCAUGCGCACCCUUUCUAUUUCACGAUCCCUCAGAACCUCCCGUGUUCUGUCACGCUGCAGCCCGGACCUGAAGACACGGGCAAGGCGUGCGGCGUGGACUUUGAGAUUCGAGCCUUUUGCGCCAAGAACAUGGAGGAGAAGAUACACAAGAGGAACUCUGUGCGUCUGGUGAUCCGCAAGGUGCAGUACGCUCCGGAGAAAGCGGGGCCUCAGCCCAUGGUGGAGACGACGCGCAGCUUUCUCAUGUCGGACAGGUCGCUGCACUUGGAGGCGUCGCUGGACAAGGAGCUGUACUACCACGGCGAGCCCAUCAGCGUCAACGUGCACGUGACCAACAACUCCACCAAGACCGUCAAGAGAGUCAAGAUUUCAGUGCGUCAGUACGCCGACAUCUGUUUGUUCAGCACGGCGCAGUACAAAUGUCCCGUGGCACAGCUGGAGGCAGAUGACCAGGUGUCUUCGAGCUCCACCUUCUGCAAAGUGUAUACGCUGACGCCGACCCUGGACAAGAACCGCGAGAAGCGAGGCCUGGCGCUGGACGGGAAGCUCAAACACGAAGACACCAACCUGGCCUCCUCCACCAUUGUCAAGGACGUGACCAACAAGGAGGUGCUUGGAAUCCUGGUGUCCUACAGAGUCAAAGUCAAGCUGGUGGUGUCACGCGGAGGAGACGUAUCUGUGGAGCUGCCGUUCAUCCUCAUGCACCCCAAACCGGCCGAGCCCCCCGCGUCACGGCCGCAGUCAGCCGCGCCGGAGUCGGACCCGCCCAUCGACACCAACCUGAUAGAGUUCGACACCAACAGCGUCUCUCAGGACGACGACUUCGUCUUCGAGGACUUCGCUCGCCUUCGCCUCAAAGGCGCGGUGGACGACAAGGACGAGGACUGCUAG